UAGUAGGCCAAUGUGCAAGUUUGGCCAGGAUGCCAGUGCACACCGCUACUCUUUUUCAAAUAACAUCCUGGGAUCCAGCAGCAACCUGGUUUUCACAGGAGGACUCCCAUCCAAGUACUGACCAGGCUCAAUCCUACGUAGCUUCAGUGGGCAAGCUGUCUUGGGCUACAGGGUGAUAUGGCUGCUGGUUUUAAGUACAAAUUCACUUAAAUUGUAUAUUGGUUGUCUAAAAACUAGACUUAUUUUCUUAGGUCAUUUUGCUCAUCAAGAAAACACAUCUUGAUUUAAGAAUUUUUAGAUAUUUCUACUGAAAACAAGACAAAAAUACAUAAAAAAACCAAACAUUUUUUGCAGUGUGUAAUCCAUGCUCGUCAUCUCCCCUUUUCUUUAGCAAACCAAAACAUUUUAUCUUCAACAAAGUAUUUGUUUGACCGAUCAGUUUAGCCGAUAAAUAAAUACAGAGCGCAUACCUCAAUGAGGUUUAUUGUUUCAGGUUCUAUUUCAAAAUAAGUUACAUUUCAAGAUAAGAAUGAAACUACAAUGAUUAUUUGUUUUAUGUUUUUCAAAUCUCGAUGACGUAUGUGAAAAAUAUGACUUCCAGACGACGCAUCCGAAAUCCUGAAAAACGAUGCUUCUCGAAAAACGUACGCCGUAUGGUCACCCUACCGGAAGUUCACUUCGGUUCAGGUGCAUAACAGCGACGUCACGCGUGCGUCCAAUAAAACCAUCUAACAAACAAAUACUCGACAAUCUGCUAUUGAUGAAAAGUCAAACAACACGUUUUACCUUCAAACAACGUUGCUUAGUUAUUGUGAGUCACUGACAGCUUAUUUCUAUGAAAACAUAAACACCUUGUGUGGGUUGUUUAUUUUUAUGAGCAGGUGCAUCAGGUUGUGUCAUCUCACGGUCUGUUGAGUCAUAUUGCAAGUGGAGGAGCCAUCCGGAAACGCACGGUGUCCAAUCUGCUCCCGGAGGGCCGUACGGUUCAGCUUUAACUUUAAAUAAAAACACCUGCUUGUACGGUUCGAGCUACCCUGGAGCUUGUUCUGAUGUGUUUGAUUAUACGCUUUGUAGGACCGUGGCCUUCCAGCAGCGGGGCUGAACACCCAAGAUCUACAAACUAAGUUGAAUAAUGAAAUAAUUGGAAGUAUUGUUAAUGACAAUCAAAUUGACAGCAAGUCGGAUGCCGGCCAAUUGUUAUGCGAUGUAUCGUGCGUAGUAAUGAAUAGUAACUUGAUUAAAAACAAAACAGUUUUCUGAUGCAACGUUCACCUUUCUCCUACAUCUGUGUGUUCUUUGUCUGCUGGAAUGAUAUAAGGACACAGAUGUUAAUGCACCGGCCAAUGGUGAGCAGAAAGGGGCCGGACUGGACCCCUCUUCACUCCAUCCUGUCUUUUAAAACUCUGGGUGCUUCACCGAACUCCAUCAGACUUGAUUUGAAGGACAGAGGAAACAAAUUAAUGCUGGUGAUUUUCUUUCUUUUAUCUCCUUUCUCUAUUUAUUUAUUUUUUUGUUACCGACAGUAUGUGGGACAUCACAGCGGUGACAUCGGUCCUGUCUACUCUCUUCGUAUUGUCUCUCGCAGAAGGGCCUAUCUGGGAAAGCUCACAUCUUCGGAGGUUAAACCAAACGGACAGGAACAGAAAGCUGGCGUACAACAGCCUCUUAGAACCGCAGACCACAGGCGUGACCGAGUGGACGUCCUGGUUCAACAUUGACCAUCCAGGAGGAAAUGGCGACUAUGAGAGGUUAGAAGCCAUUCGCUUCUAUUACCGAGAAAGGAUCUGCGAGCGACCCGUAGCCAUGGAGGCCCGUACCACCGACUGGGUCGCUGCUGCGGAUACAGGAGAGGUGGUACAUUCCAGCCUGGAGAAAGGUUUUUGGUGCAUCAAUAAGGAGCAGCCAUAUGGCCGCAGUUGCUCCAACUACCAUGUGCGAUUCCAGUGUCCACCAGUUCACUCUUACUGGACCGACUGGAGCGAGUGGGCGCCUUGCUCUGCCACUGCUUGUAAUGAUGUUGGUAUCCAAGUUCGGCAGAGGAAAUGCAUGAGCACCCAGCCUCUUCCGUUACUGCUUUCGCCCAUCUGUGUGGGGCAUCAAGUAGAGAGGAGGGAGUGUUCGACACCACCAUGCCAAGCUGUGUGGAGCAACUGGAGUUCUUGGGGUUCUUGCUCGGUGACCUGUGGGAAAGGUCGCAGGACAAGACGAAGGACCUGCCACAGAUCUUCAACCAAAAUCCAAUGCGCAGGACGACACACUGAGGUCCAGAAGUGUGAAAGUGCAUGCCCAGUCACGUGCAAGCACGUCUGUACCGAGGGCCGUCCCAGUAAUGACUGCAGCUACUGUAUCUGUGAAGGACAGACAUUACACGGGGAGGUCUUCAGUGUCACGGGUGUACCCGUGGCUGCUGCCACAGUAGCUUUGGCGGGUCAAGCCAAGAUCAUCCGUGGCCAAACUGAUGCCCAAGGUCGGGUCACGAUUGCUGGACUGUGCUCCAGCCCCCAGACCAAAGUUAUUAUCAGCAAAGACAAGUUUGCUCCUGCUACUGUCCCUGUUUACAGUAACAGCAGUGAUGCGUUCUGGGUACGGGCCAUCUUACGAUCAUCAGAGAAACCAUAUAUUGUGAAGCAUCCAGAAACCAAAGUACGCUACGAGGGACAACGUGCAUUUUUCUGCUGUGCAGCAACUGGAAUGCCUAAACCAGACAAAUAUUACUGGUACCACAAUGGAACUUUAUUGGACCGUGCCUUAUACAAGUACGAUGAAAAUUUAAUACUCAGAGACCUGAAACCAGAGCAGUCGGGGCAAUAUCACUGCAAAGCAACUAGUCUAGCAGGAAGCAUCAAGUCUACUUCGGCCCUUCUCACUGUUUUUGCUAAAGAGAUGCCAGCAUGCAACGCCACACCUGAAACUCACCUGAUCAAAUUACCAUUCGAUUGCAGGCAGCCUGGAACAGACUCCAAGUUUUACAAUGCCGGCCGUUGUCCACACAACAAAUGUGCCGGGUCACUGGACUUUGACAUGCGCUGCAAAGAUGGAUCUGACUUUUGCUGUGGGGUCAAACAGAUGGAGGCUAAAGAGAUCAAGUGUGGCCGGUACAACCUGCCUAUCAAGGUUGUGAAGGAAUGUGGGUGUCAAACUUGUGUGGAGCCCAAAAUUUUCGUGCGAGGCAGGGUGGUCGCAGCGGACGAUAAUGAACCCUUGCGCUUCGGAUACAUUUACAAAGGGAAAGAACGGAUAGGUACAACAGGGUAUCAGGGUGGAUUCACAAUUCAGGUGCCUCCAGACACACAAAGACUUGUGGUAAACUUUGUGGACCCCUCUCAGAAGUUUAUUGACACAAUCAAAGUUUUCAUCUUCGACAGGAGAGGAGGUUCAGUCUAUCAUGAUGUGAAAGUGAUGAGAAAGCAGGAACCUGUUGAUAUCAACUCUGCAGAAUCCAAUACAAUUUAUCUAGGAGAAAUCGAUGGAGAGGAGCCCAUUGGUCAACUCAUCAUACCUCCAAAUUCCUUUCACAAAAACACAGGGGAGGUGUACGAAGGAACAGUCAAGGCCAGCGUCACAUUCCUUGAUCCACGCAACAUCACCAUGGCUGCUGCUACGCCUGGUGACCUGAACUUUGUAGAUGAUGAGGGAGAAAUGCUUCCUCUUCGGACAUAUGGAAUGUUUUCAGUAGAUUUCCGAGAUGAGGGAAACCAGGAGAUUCUAGGUGCCGGCGAUGUCCAGGUACUCCUUGAUACAGAGCAUGUGAAAAUGCAGGAGCACAUCAAUGCUAUGAAACUCUGGUCCCUCAAUCCUGAUACAGGCAUUUGGGAGGAGGAAAGCGGCUUUAAACCUAAACAAACUACUAUUGCUGGUAGUGGGAGAAGCAAAAGAGAGGAGCGCACAUUCUUGAUAGGAAAUAUGGAAAUUAGGGAACGUAGGUUGUUCAACCUUGAUGUACCUGAAAAUCGCAGAUGUUAUGUCAAGGUGAGGGCAUAUAUGAGUGACAAGUUCCUGGCCAGCGAGCAACUAGAAGGAGUGGUAAUAAGCUUGAUAAACCUGGAGCCCAAGCCUGGCUACUCAUCAAAUCCAAGAGCCUGGGGACGAUUUGACAGUGUCAUAACAGGACAAAAUGGUGCUUGCCUGCCAGCAUUUUGCGAUGGUCAGAGGGCUGAUGCAUACACAGCUUAUGUCACAGCUUUAAUGGGGGGUGAAGAACUAGAAGCAGCUCCCUCAUCACCAAAAAUGAAUCCAAACGUUAUUGGUGUGUCUCAGCCAUACUUAGGGAAAUUGGAUUACCAGCGGUCAGAUCAUGAAGAUCUAGCACUCAAAAAAACUGCUUUUCGAAUUAACUUAGCCAAACCAAACCCUAAUAAUUUUGAUGAAACGAAUGGACCGAUCUAUCCCUACCAGAAUUUGAUUGAAUGUGAAAAUGCACCUUUUGAUGCCAACCACUUUAGAUUUUUCCGUGUUGAAAAAGAUAAAUAUGAGUACAAUGUGGUACCUUUUGAAGAGAGUGACCUCACGUCAUGGACUGGGGACUAUCUUUCCUGGUGGCCAAACCCACAGGAGUUCAGGGCUUGCUACAUCAAAGUUAAAGUUCAGGGAGCUACAGAAAUCAUGGUAAGGUCAAGGAACCUUGGUGGCACUCACCCUCAGACCAGAGGUCAAUUGUAUGGCAUUAGAGACAUUCGAAGUACUCGUGACUUACACCAUCCGAACACCUCUGCGGCUUGUCUUGAGUUUAAGUGUAGUGGGAUGCUUUUUGAUCUGGGUACUGUUGACAGGACACUCAUUUCUAUUAUUCCACAAGCCAAUUGUCGUCGGACAGGCAUAAACAGCCUCCUGCAAGAGUAUCUCAUAAAGCACCCACCUGUUGUUCAAAACAACGAGUCUCACUCUUUCAAUAUGUUAGCUCCUGUUGAUCCCCUAGGACACAAUUACGGAAUAUACACCGUCACAGAUCAAAACCCACGCGUUGCAAAGGAGAUUGCCAUAGGCCGAUGCUUUGAUGGUACCUCGGAUGGUUUCUCCAGGGAGAUGAAGUCAGAGACUGGAGUGGCACUGACUUUCAGUUGCCCCAAAAGAACUAUAACUCGUGAGAGUUUAUUCCAGCGCUUGCAAACAAAUCCUGGCCUAACACUAACACAGAUGGCUCGUGAGAUGAGGGAGUCCCAAGGAUUGCAAGUCAGACGAGGGUCAACUCAAAUGGUGGCCUAUCCCUUUGGCCAACAGGGCAGGAGCCAGAACCGCAGAGCCCCGAACCCUAAAAGAAGAAGUUCUGCCUCAAGAACACAACCAAGAAAGUAGAUCUUCUUUUAGGUUGAAGAAUUGAGGAGAAGAAUCCGAAAACCUGCCAACUUGGUCAGCCUGAUGAUAUUAGAUGCUCUGGCGUAACUGAGCUAAAUCAACUGACUAAACACAUUUAAACUCUUGCUUUUUGGGUACGAAGAACUGUUUUCCUAUUGAAAAUUUAGUGCAUUGGGACAAUUCUUGUAUGAUACAUGUAAACAGGUUAAAAGGCUCAUCCAAGAAUAUGUUAUUUAUUCAAUUGUGAAAUUGUCAAAUUGUCACUCAUGUGCUAUUAAGGUACUAAACAACCCUAGGCUUCCAUUGACAGUAGGCUUCAUGGGUGAAAAAAGUCUAUAAGAGUUGAGGUCAAAUGUAAUGGCUGCCAACUUCUGCUGUAGUCAGUGACAUUGUAUGUAGAAAACUGGAAGUAAUGGACUAGACCUGAGGCAACAAAGACAUUCCAGUUAUGAUUUAACCACCCAUCAGCCUGACCAAAGCACCACUGACCCAGCCAAAAAUAGCAUCCCUAACAAAACAGAUAUUUAAAUCUAGACUAAACAAACCUGCGGUGAGACAUAAUCAAUGAUAAUGUUCCUAAAGCAUAACUUCAAACACAAAUUACAGUGCAGUCAUUUGUUGAAAUGCCUUCUGCAUCUUUUUUACUGUUAUGGCUUUGUUAUGAAAUCACAGUGCUGGUGUUCUACUCGUAUGGUAAAUCUGAUUGUAUAUUGUU